GGGAGCACUGGAACCCAGCUCUCCUAAAUCUAGAUCACGCUACUGUACUUGAAGGCUAGAUGUCUCUCUUCUGAUUAUGCGUGAUAAAAAAUCAGUAAGAAGAAUAACAGACACGUUUGAGAGCCAACAUAAACUUGUCCGAACUCCUUACAAUCGAUGACCGCAGGGAGCCGCUGAAGAGCUCCGAGGCGGUCGAUCGCCUCCGCGAGCUUUGCGUGCGCGUGCCCCGAGAGGGCAACGUCCACCGCGCGCCGCCAGCGACGCCGCCGUAGCGCUCCGUCGCCAUAGCGACUACCCCGGCAACCGCGAAGCUCUGCGGUCCCGCGGUCGGGCUACGGGUUUGAGCAAAGCUCCUCUCUUCCCUUCACUUCCCUCCGGACUGGUUUCUUCUUCCUUCCCCCUCCCCCCAACUUCCCUCCACCCCUUCCAAUCAUGGCGAACGGGACUGCGGACGUUCGGAAGCUCUUCAUCUUCACUACUACCCAGAAUUACUUCGGGCUGAUGUCUGAACUCUGGGAUCAGCCACUGUUGUGCAACUGUGUUGAAAUCAACAACUUCUUGGAUGACGGCAACCAGAUGCUCCUCAGGGUGCAGAGAUCCGAAGCCGGAAUUUCCUUUUCCAACACGAUUGAGUUUGGUGACACAAAAGAUAAAGUGCUGGUGUUUUUCAAGCUGCGACCUGAAGUAAUUACUGAUGAGAAUCUACAUGAUAACAUUCUUGUUUCGUCUAUGUUAGAGUCACCUAUUAGUUCUCUUUACCAAGCAGUACGGCAAGUAUUCGCACCAAUGUUGUUAAAGGAUCAGGAAUGGAGCAGAAACUUUGAUCCCAAACUUCAGAAUCUUUUGAGUGAACUAGAAGCUGGGUUGGGUAUAGUUCUACGAAGAUCAGACACUAACUUAACAAAAUUGAAAUUUAAGGAAGAUGACACACGAGGUAUCCUUACACCAAGCGAUGAGUUCCAGUUUUGGAUAGAACAAGCUCACCGUGGAAAUAAACAGAUUAGUAAAGAAAGAGCCAAUUAUUUUAAAGAAUUAUUUGAAACAAUUGCAAGAGAGUUUUAUAACUUGGACAGUCUAUCCCUACUAGAAGUUGUUGACUUGGUGGAGACUACUCAGGAUGUUGUAGAUGAUGUGUGGAGGCAAACAGAACAUGAUCAUUAUCCUGAGUCACGAAUGUUGCAUCUCUUAGACAUCAUAGGUGGUUCAUUUGGAAGGUUUGUUCAGAAAAAGUUGGGAACUUUGAACCUAUGGGAAGAUCCUUAUUAUCUUGUGAAAGAAAGUCUGAAAGCUGGUAUUUCAAUUUGUGAACAGUGGGUGAUAGUCUGUAAUCAUCUAACAGGUCAGGUGUGGCAGCACUAUGUUCCUCAUCCAUGGAAAAAUGAAAAAUAUUUUCCAGAAACACUUGACAAACUUGGCAAACGCCUUGAAGAGGUCUUGGCUAUUAGAACAAUUCAUGAGAAGUUUCUCUAUUUUUUACCUGCCAGUGAAGAGAAAAUCAUAUGCCUCACUCGAGUAUUUGAACCUUUUACUGGCCUGAAUCCUGUGCAAUAUAAUCCAUAUACUGAGCCCUUGUGGAAAGCUGCAGUGUCUCAAUAUGAAAAGAUUAUUGCACCUGCGGAACAAAAAAUAGCAGGAAAAUUGAAAAAUUAUAUUUCAGAAAUUCAAGACAGUCCGCAGCAGCUUCUUCAAGCAUUCCUGAAAUAUAAAGAGUUGGUAAAACGUCCAACUAUAAGCAAAGAAUUGAUGUUAGAAAGAGAAACUUUACUGGCAAGACUUGUGGACUCAAUUAAAGAUUUUCGAUUAGACUUUGAGAAUCGGUGCCGAGGAAUUCCUGGUGAUGCAUCUGGACCACUUUCUGGCAAAAACCUUUCAGAAGUUGUCAACAAUAUAGUUUGGGUUCGCCAGUUGGAAUUGAAGGUGGAUGAUACUAUCAAGAUUGCAGAGGCUCUUUUAUCUGACUUGUCAGGAUUUCGAUGUUUCCAUCGAAGUGCCGAAGAUCUCUUAGACCAGCUUAAACUAUAUGAACAGGAACAAUUUGAUGAUUGGUCCAGGGAUAUUCAAUCAGGUUUAUCUGAUUCCAGAUCUGGUUUGUGUAUUGAGGCUAGUAGUCGAAUUAUGGAAUUGGAUUCUAAUGAUGGAUCACUAAAAGUGCAUUAUUCAGAUCGUUUGGUGAUUCUUCUGAGAGAAGUUCGUCAGCUCUCUGCACUUGGCUUUGUUAUUCCUGCCAAAAUACAGCAAGUUGCAAACAUUGCACAGAAAUUCUGCAAGCAAGCAAUUAUUCUUAAACAAGUGGCACAUUUUUAUAAUUCUAUUGAUCAACAAAUGAUUCAAAGUCAGAGGCCGAUGAUGUUACAAUCUGCCUUAGCAUUUGAACAGAUAAUUAAGAAUUCAAAAACAGGAAGUGGAGGGAAAUCACAGAUUACUUGGGAUAAUCCUAAAGAAUUAGAAGGCUAUAUCCAAAAACUCCAAAAUGCUGCUGAACGGCUUGCCACUGAAAAUAGAAAACUGAGAAAAUGGCACACUACAUUUUGUGAAAAGGUGGUUUUUCUUAUGAAUAUUGAUCUGCUUCGGCAGCAACAGCGUUGGAGAGAUGGAUUACAAGAAUUGAGAACUGGCUUAGCAACUGUAGAAGCACAGGGAUUCCAAGCAAGUGACAUGCAUGCAUGGAAACAACACUGGAAUCAUCAACUGUACAAAGCUCUGGAGCAUCAGUACCAGAUGGGCUUAGAAGCACUUAAUGAGAAUUUGCCAGAAAUAAAUAUAGACUUAACUUACAAACAGGGACGAUUACAAUUCAGGCCCCCUUUUGAAGAAAUCCGGGCUAAAUAUUAUAGAGAAAUGAAGAGAUUCAUCGGCAUUCCAAAUCAGUUUAAGGGAGUGGGUGAGGCAGGAGAUGAAUCUAUUUUUUCUAUUAUGAUUGAUAGAAAUGCAAGUGGAUUUUUGACGAUUUUCAGCAAAGCAGAAGAUCUGUUUAGAAGAUUGUCAGCUGUUUUACACCAACAUAAGGAAUGGAUUGUAAUUGGGCAAGUUGAUAUGGAAGCUGUGGUGGAAAAGCAUCUUUUUACUGUACAUGAUUGGGAGAAAAAUUUUAAAGCAUUAAAAAUAAAAGGGAAAGAAGUAGAACGACUUCCAAGUGCUGUCAAGGUAGAUUGUUUAAAUAUUAAUUGCAACCCUGUGAAGACUGUGAUUGAUGAUCUCAUCCAGAAGUUAUUUGAUCUGCUUGUUCUUUCUUUGAAGAAGUCCAUACAGGCUCAUUUACAUGAAAUUGAUACAUUUGUUACUGAGGCUAUGGAAGUCUUAACAAUUAUGCCCCAGUCUGUGGAAGAAAUUGGUGAUGCAAAUCUACGAUAUAGUAAGUUACAAGAACGGAAGCCAGAGAUUUUGCCCUUAUUUCAAGAAGCUGAAGACAAAAACAGACUUUUACGAACUGUGGCUGGCGGAGGUUUAGAAACAAUUAGUAAUUUGAAAGCUAAGUGGGAUAAAUUUGAGUUAAUGAUGGAAAGUCACCAACUUAUGAUUAAAGACCAGAUUGAAGUGAUGAAAGGAAAUGUGAAAUCACGUCUUCAGAUCUAUUAUCAAGAGCUGGAAAAAUUUAAAGCUCGUUGGGACCAACUAAAGCCUGGUGAUGAUGUUAUUGAAACUGGCCAACAUAAUACUCUUGAUAAAAGUGCAAAGUUAAUAAAAGAGAAAAAAAUUGAGUUUGAUGAUCUUGAAGUCACAAGAAAAAAGCUGGUUGAUGAUUGCCAUCAUUUUAGACUGGAAGAGCCUAAUUUCUCCCUGGCAAGUAACAUCUCUAAAGAUAUUGAGAGCUGUGCACAAAUUUGGGCCUUUUAUGAAGAGUUUCAACAAGGAUUUCAGGAAAUGGCCAAUGAAGACUGGAUCACUUUUCGGACUAAGACAUACCUGUUUGAGGAAUUUUUGAUGAACUGGCAUGACAGAUUAAGGAAGGUUGAAGAACAUUCAGUGAUGACAGUGAAAUUACAAUCAGAGGUUGACAAAUAUAAAAUCGUAAUUCCUAUCUUGAAAUAUGUGAGAGGGGAGCAUCUUUCUCCAGAUCACUGGCUUGACCUUUUUCGUCUCCUUGGACUUCCUAGGGGGACUAGUCUAGAGAAACUACUGUUUGGUGAUUUGCUCAGAGUAGCUGAUACAAUUGUAGCCAAAGCUGCCGACCUUAAAGAUUUAAAUAGUCGGGCACAAGGUGAAGUUACAAUCAGAGAAGCUUUACGUGAACUUGAUCUUUGGGGAGUUGGAGCAGUGUUUACAUUAAUUGAUUAUGAAGACAGCCAAAGUCGAACUAUGAAGCUGAUUAAAGACUGGAAAGAUAUAGUAAAUCAGGUUGGAGAUAAUAGAUGCCUUCUCCAAUCCUUAAAGGAUUCUCCUUAUUAUAAAGGAUUUGAAGAUAAAGUAUCAAUUUGGGAAAGAAAACUUGCAGAGUUAGAUGAGUACCUGCAGAAUUUAAAUCAUAUUCAGAGAAAGUGGGUGUAUUUGGAACCCAUUUUCGGCCGUGGAGCAUUGCCAAAAGAACAGACACGCUUCAACAGAGUUGAUGAAGAUUUUAGAUCAAUAAUGACUGAUAUCAAGAAAGACAAUAGAGUCACAACAUUAACUACUCAUGCUGGAAUCAGAAAUUCUCUACUAACAAUACUUGAUCAGCUUCAAAGAUGUCAGAAAUCAUUAAAUGAAUUUUUGGAGGAAAAACGCUCAGCAUUCCCAAGAUUUUAUUUUAUUGGUGAUGAUGACUUAUUAGAAAUAUUGGGCCAGUCUACCAACCCAUCAGUGAUUCAGUCUCACCUUAAGAAACUUUUUGCUGGUAUUAACAGUGUUUGCUUUGAUGAGGAAUCAAAACAUAUAACUGCAAUGAAAUCUUUAGAGGGAGAAGUUGUACCUUUUAAAAAUAAAGUUCCUCUAUCAAAUAAUGUAGAGACAUGGUUGAAUGAUUUGGCCUUGGAAAUGAAGAAAACUUUGGAACAGUUGUUGAAGGAAUGUGUUACUACUGGGCGAAGUUCUCAAGGUGCAGUUGACCCAUCUCUGUUCCCUUCACAGAUUUUAUGCUUGGCGGAGCAGAUUAAAUUCACUGAAGAUGUAGAAAAUGCUAUUAAAGAUCAUAGUCUUCAUCAGAUUGAAACACAACUGGUGAAUAAGUUAGAGCAGUAUACUAACAUUGAUACAAGUUCUGAGGAUCCAGGGAAUACUGAAUCGGGCAUCCUGGAGCUUAAACUUAAAGCCCUAAUUCUUGACAUUAUCCAUAAUAUUGAUGUGGUAAAGCAGUUAAACCAAAUUCAGGUUCAUACAACUGAGGACUGGGCUUGGAAAAAACAACUUAGAUUCUAUAUGAAAAGUGAUCAUACAUGUUGUGUUCAAAUGGUGGAUUCUGAAUUUCAGUAUACUUAUGAAUAUCAGGGUAAUGCUUCCAAACUGGUUUAUACUCCAUUGACAGACAAGUGCUACUUAACUCUUACUCAAGCCAUGAAGAUGGGACUUGGAGGAAAUCCUUAUGGACCAGCUGGAACUGGGAAAACGGAGUCAGUAAAGGCUUUAGGUGGACUUCUUGGAAGACAAGUUUUGGUCUUUAAUUGUGAUGAGGGCAUCGAUGUGAAGUCAAUGGGACGAAUAUUUGUUGGUUUGGUGAAGUGUGGGGCCUGGGGCUGUUUUGAUGAAUUUAAUAGGCUGGAAGAAUCUGUACUGUCAGCAGUUUCUAUGCAAAUCCAGACAAUUCAAGAUGCUUUGAAGAAUCAUAGAACUGUAUGUGAACUGCUUGGCAAGGAGGUAGAAGUAAAUUCUAAUUCUGGAAUUUUUAUCACUAUGAAUCCUGCUGGAAAAGGUUAUGGAGGAAGACAAAAACUGCCUGAUAAUCUUAAACAGCUUUUCAGGCCCGUAGCUAUGUCUCGUCCAGACAAUGAGCUUAUUGCAGAAGUUAUUCUCUAUUCGGAAGGCUUUAAAGAUGCUAAAGUAUUGGGCAGAAAAUUGGUAGCUAUUUUCAAUCUAUCUAGGGAACUUUUGACACCUCAGCAACAUUAUGAUUGGGGUUUGAGAGCUUUGAAGACAGUUCUGAGAGGAAGUGGAAAUCUCCUUAGACAGCUAAAGAAAAGUGGCACUACACAGAAUGCUAAUGAAAGUCAUAUUGUCGUACAAGCACUGAGGCUUAAUACAAUGUCAAAGUUUACGUUUACUGAUUGCACCCGGUUUGAUGCACUGAUUAAAGAUGUCUUUCCUGGAAUUGAAUUGAAAGAAGUGGAAUAUGAUGAACUAAGUGCUGCAUUAAAGCAGGUCUUUGAAGAGGCCAAUUAUGAAAUUAUACCCAAUCAGAUCAAAAAGGCUUUAGAAUUGUAUGAACAGUUAUGCCAGAGGAUGGGAGUUGUUAUUGUUGGUCCAAGUGGUGCUGGAAAAUCAACCCUUUGGAGAAUGUUAAGGGCUGCACUUUGUAAAACUGGCAAAGUGGUGAAACAAUAUACUAUGAAUCCCAAAGCUAUGCCUCGAUAUCAAUUAUUAGGCCAUAUUGACAUGGACACAAGAGAAUGGUCUGAUGGUGUUUUGACAAACAGUGCUCGUCAAGUGGUUCGGGAACCUCAAGAUGUCAGCUCAUGGAUAAUCUGUGAUGGUGAUAUUGACCCUGAAUGGAUAGAAUCUCUGAAUUCUGUUCUGGAUGAUAAUCGACUGCUGACUAUGCCCAGUGGAGAAAGGAUUCAGUUUGGCCCAAAUGUUAACUUUGUAUUUGAAACUCAUGAUUUAAGUUGUGCAUCACCAGCCACAAUAUCUAGAAUGGGAAUGAUCUUUCUUAGUGAUGAAGAGACAGAUCUUAAUUCUCUGAUAAAAUCUUGGUUGAGGAAUCAGCCUGCUGAAUAUAGAAAUAAUCUUGAAAAUUGGAUUGGAGAUUAUUUUGAAAAGGCUUUACAGUGGGUUCUAAAGCAGAAUGACUAUGUGAUAGAAACAAGUUUGGUUGGGACUGUGAUGAAUGGUUUGUCACAUCUACAUGGUUGCAGAGAUCAUGACGAAUUCAUUAUUAAUCUCAUAAGGGGACUUGGUGGAAAUCUGAACAUGAAAUCACGUUUGGAAUUUACCAAAGAGGUUUUUCAUUGGGCACGAGAAUCUCCUCCAGACUUUCACAAACCUAUGGAUACCUACUAUGACUCUACUAGAGGUCGAUUAGCAACAUAUGUGCUUAAGAAGCCAGAAAACUUGACUGCUGAUGAUUUCAGUAACGGCUUAACUCUUCCAGUCAUUCAGACUCCUGACAUGCAGCGAGGUCUAGAUUAUUUCAAACCAUGGUUAAGUUCUGAUACUAAACAGCCCUUUAUUCUGGUAGGACCAGAAGGAUGUGGCAAAGGGAUGCUGCUCAGGUACGCAUUUUCACAACUCCGGUCCACUCAAAUUGCUACAGUUCAUUGUAGUGCACAAACCACUUCUCGACAUCUCCUGCAGAAACUGAGCCAGACUUGCAUGGUAAUCAGUACUAAUACUGGUCGUGUAUACAGACCAAAAGACUGUGAAAGACUUGUUCUGUACUUAAAAGACAUCAACCUACCCAAACUUGAUAAAUGGGGGACCAGUACUUUGGUAGCGUUCCUACAACAGGUAUUGACAUAUCAAGGAUUUUAUGAUGAAAAUUUGGAAUGGGUUGGUCUAGAAAAUAUUCAAAUUGUGGCUUCUAUGUCAGCUGGAGGAAGACUGGGAAGACAUAAACUUACUACCAGAUUUACUUCCAUUGUUCGUCUUUGUUCUAUAGAUUACCCAGAAAGAGAGCAGUUACAAACGAUUUAUGGAGCAUAUUUGGAACCAGUUCUACAUAAAAAUCUGAAGAAUCAUUCUAUUUGGGGUUCUUCAUCAAAAAUUUAUCUUUUAGCAGGAUCUAUGGUACAAGUGUAUGAACAGGUGCGAGCCAAAUUUACAGUUGAUGAUUAUAGUCACUAUUUCUUUACUCCUUGCAUUCUUACCCAAUGGGUUCUUGGCUUAUUCAGAUAUGAUUUAGAAGGAGGAUCCUCAAACCAUCCACUAGAUUAUGUGUUAGAAAUUGUAGCAUAUGAAGCACAGCGCUUAUUUCGUGACAAAAUUGUUGGUGCAAAGGAACUUCAUUUAUUUGACAUCAUUUUAACAUCAGUGUUUCAAGGAGAUUGGGGCUCAGACAUAUUAGACAAUAUGUCAGAUAGUUUCUAUGUUACAUGGGGAGCUCGGCAUAAUUCAGGAGCAAGGGCAGCCCCAGGACAACCAUUACCUCCACAUGGAAAACCACUUGGAAAACUAAACUCUACUGAUCUCAAGGAUGUUAUUAAAAAGGGUCUUAUUCAUUAUGGACGAGAUAACCAGAAUUUAGACAUGUUACUUUUCCGCGAAGUCUUGGAGUAUAUGUCUAGGAUAGAUAGAGUGCUGAGUUUCCCUGGAGGUUCACUUCUAUUAGCAGGACGCAGUGGUGUGGGCCGUCGGACCAUCACUUCUUUAGUCAGUCACAUGCAUGCAGCGGUUCUGUUUUCUCCAAAGAUUUCCAGAGGAUAUGAACUGAAGCAGUUCAAAAAUGAUCUCAAACAUGUGCUGCAACUUGCAGGAAUUGAAGCACAACAGGUGGUUUUACUUCUUGAGGAUUACCAGUUUGUACAUCCUACAUUUUUGGAGAUGAUCAAUAGCCUUUUGUCUUCAGGUGAAGUUCCUGGACUCUAUACUCUUGAAGAAUUAGAGCCCUUGCUGUUACCACUUAAAGAUCAAGCUUCACAAGAUGGUUUUCUUGGGCCAGUCUUCAAUUACUUCACAUAUAGAAUUCAGCAAAACUUACAUAUUGUCUUGAUAAUGGAUUCUGCAAAUUCAAACUUCAUGAUAAACUGUGAGAGUAAUCCAGCUUUGCAUAAGAAAUGCCAGGUGUUGUGGAUGGAGGGUUGGUCCGAUAGCAGUAUGAAGAAAAUACCUGAAAUGUUAUUCAGUGAAACAGGUGGUGGAGAAAAAUACAAUGAUAAAAAACGAAAAGAAGAAAAGAAAAAAAAUUCAGUUGAUCCUGAUUUUCUAAAAUCAUUUUUAUUAAUCCAUGAAUCUUGUAAAGCAUAUGGUGCUACACCAAGCCGAUAUAUGACCUUUUUACAUGUGUAUUCUGCCAUUAGUAGCAGCAAGAAAAAGGAAUUAUUAAAAAGACAAAGUCAUUUGCAGGCUGGUGUAUCUAAACUAAAUGAAGCUAAAGCUCUUGUGGAUGAACUGAACAGAAAGGCUGGAGAACAAAGUGUGUUACUUAAAACGAAGCAAGAUGAAGCAGAUGCUGCCCUUCAAAUGAUCACAGUGUCAAUGCAGGAUGCUAGUGAGCAAAAAACAGAACUUGAAAGACUGAAGCACAGAAUAGCAGAAGAAGUUGUUAAAAUUGAAGAAAGAAAAAAUAAAAUUGAUGAUGAAUUAAAAGAAGUACAACCUUUAGUCAAUGAAGCUAAACUAGCAGUUGGAAACAUUAAGCCCGAAUCACUUUCAGAAAUUCGCUCACUGCGCAUGCCACCUGAUGUAAUUAGAGACAUUCUUGAAGGAGUUUUAAGGUUGAUGGGUAUCUUUGAUACAUCUUGGGUGAGCAUGAAAAGUUUCCUUGCAAAAAGAGGUGUAAGAGAAGACAUAGCAACCUUUGAUGCCCGAAAUAUUUCAAAGGAAAUAAGAGAGAGUGUUGAAGAACUUCUUUUUAAAAAUAAAGGAUCUUUUGAUCCAAAGAAUGCUAAGCGUGCCAGUACUGCAGCUGCACCUUUGGCUGCAUGGGUGAAAGCCAAUAUCCAGUAUUCCCAUGUCUUGGAACGAAUUCAUCCUUUGGAAACUGAACAGGCAGGAUUAGAAUCGAAUCUGAAGAAAACUGAAGACAGAAAAAGGAAACUAGAGGAGCUUCUUAAUUCUGUUGGUCAAAAGGUAUCAGAACUCAAAGAAAAAUUUCAGAGCAGGACUUCAGAAGCUGCCAAACUUGAGGCUGAAGUAAGCAAAGCACAAGAAACAAUCAAAGCUGCAGAAGUCUUAAUUAAUCAGCUUGAUAGAGAACAUAAGAGAUGGAAUGCACAGGUUGUAGAGAUAACAGAGGAAUUAGCUACUCUUCCUAAAAGAGCUCAACUUGCUGCUGCAUUUAUUACAUAUCUUUCUGCUGCUCCUGAAUCUCUGAGAAAAACCUGUUUGGAAGAAUGGACCAAGUCAGCUGGUCUUGAGAAAUUUGAUCUGAGGAGAUUUCUUUGUACUGAAAGUGAGCAGUUAAUUUGGAAAAGUGAAGGCCUACCAUCAGAUGACCUUUCCAUAGAAAAUGCUCUUGUAAUAUUACAGAGUCGAGUGUGCCCAUUUCUUAUAGAUCCUUCUUCCCAAGCUACAGAGUGGUUAAAAACACAUUUGAAAGAUUCACGUUUAGAAGUUAUCAAUCAGCAGGAUAGUAACUUUAUCACAACUCUUGAAUUAGCAGUACGUUUUGGGAAAACCCUUAUUAUACAAGAGAUGGAUGGUGUAGAACCUGUUCUUUAUCCAUUAUUGAGACGAGAUCUGGUUGCUCAAGGACCACGUUAUGUGGUACAAAUAGGUGACAAAAUUAUUGACUACAAUGAAGAAUUCCGCCUCUUUUUGUCAACAAGAAACCCAAAUCCUUUUAUUCCACCGGAUGCAGCUUCCAUUGUUACUGAGGUUAACUUUACUACAACAAGAAGUGGAUUACGAGGGCAGCUUUUAGCUUUAACCAUUCAGCAUGAGAAACCUGAUUUAGAAGAACAGAAAACAAAACUAUUACAACAGGAAGAAGAUAAGAAAAUACAGCUAGCCAAGCUCGAAGAAUCUCUUCUAGAGACACUUGCCACAUCUCAAGGCAAUAUUUUGGAAAAUAAGGAUUUGAUUGAGUCUUUGAAUCAGACAAAAGCAAGCAGUGCACUUAUUCAAGAGUCACUUAAAGAAUCUUACAAACUCCAAAUUUCCCUUGAUCAAGAACGGGAUGCCUAUCUCCCGCUGGCUGAGAGUGCCAGCAAGAUGUACUUCAUUAUUUCUGAUUUGUCCAAAAUUAAUAACAUGUACCGUUUUAGUUUGGCUGCUUUUCUCCGACUUUUCCAACGAGCUCUACAAAACAAACAGGAUUCUGAAAAUACAGAACAGAGAAUCCAGACACUUAUCAGCUCAUUACAACAUAUGGUAUAUGAAUAUAUAUGUCGUUGUCUAUUUAAGGCUGAUCAGUUGAUGUUCGCUUUGCAUUUUGUUCGAGGCAUGCAUCCUGAACUUUUUCAAGAAAAUGAAUGGGAUACGUUUACAGGUGUGGUUGUUGGAGACAUGUUACGGAAAGCUGACUCUCAACAAAAAAUACGUGAUCAGCUUCCGUCUUGGAUAGAUCAGGAACGAAGCUGGGCCGUGGCAACAUUAAAGAUUGCUCUCCCCAGUCUUUAUCAGACCCUCUGCUUUGAAGAUGCAGCUCUGUGGCGUACUUAUUAUAAUAAUUCAGUGUGUGAACAAGAGUUCCCAUCUAUCCUUGCAAAGAAAGUUUCCUUAUUUCAGCAGAUUCUUGUAGUUCAGGCGCUAAGACCGGACAGAUUGCAAAGUGCCAUGGCUCUUUUUGCAUGUAAAACUCUGGGACUGAAAGAGGUGUCCCCACUGCCUCUAAAUCUCAAACGUUUAUACAAAGAGACACUGGAAAUUGAACCCAUCUUGAUAAUUAUUUCUCCGGGUGCUGAUCCUUCUCAGGAACUUCAAGAACUUGCUAAUGCUGAAAGAAGCGGAGAGUGUUAUCACCAGGUUGCCAUGGGUCAAGGUCAAGCUGAUUUAGCAAUUCAAAUGCUAAAAGAAUGUGCCCACAAUGGAGACUGGCUCUGUUUGAAGAACUUACAUCUUGUGGUAUCUUGGCUGCCAGUUCUAGAAAAGGAAUUGAAUACUCUUCAACCUAAAGAUACCUUUCGUCUUUGGCUCACUGCAGAAGUUCAUCCCAACUUUACUCCUAUUUUACUACAGUCAAGUCUGAAGAUAACAUAUGAGUCACCUCCAGGUUUAAAGAAGAAUUUAAUGCGUACUUACGAGUCUUGGACUCCUGAGCAAAUUAGCAAAAAAGAUAAUAUACAUCGAGCUCAUGCUCUCUUCAGUCUUGCAUGGUUUCAUGCUGCAUGUCAAGAAAGAAGAAACUAUAUUCCUCAAGGUUGGACAAAGUUUUAUGAAUUUUCUUUAUCAGAUCUUCGGGCUGGGUACAACAUUAUUGACAGACUUUUUGAUGGUGCCAAAGAUGUACAAUGGGAAUUUGUACAUGGUUUACUUGAAAAUGCUAUUUAUGGAGGACGUAUAGACAACUAUUUUGACCUUAGAGUUCUUCAGUCAUACCUGAAGCAGUUUUUUAAUUCUUCAGUUAUUGAUGUAUUCAACCCAAGGAACAAGAAAAGCAUUUUUCCAUAUUCCAUAUCUCUACCACAAUCCUGCAGCAUUUUGGACUAUCGUGCUGUCAUUGAGAAACUUCCAGAGGACGACAAACCUAGUUUCUUUGGUCUGCCUGCCAAUAUCGCUCGCUCAUCUCAGCGCAUGAUCAGUUCUCAGGUUAUUUCACAGUUGAGGAUUUUGGGCAGAUCCAUAACAGCUGGUUCCAAAUUUGAUAGAGAAAUCUGGUCUAAUGAACUUUCUCCUGUCCUCAAUCUCUGGAAGAAACUAAACCAGAAUUCAAACCUGAUACAUCAGAAAGUGCCUCCUCCUAACGAUCGACAAGGAUCUCCAAUACUGUCAUUCAUCAUUCUUGAACAAUUUAAUGCUAUUCGUUUAGUACAAAGUGUUCACCAGUCUCUUGCUGCUCUCAGCAAAGUCAUCAGAGGAACUACUUUAUUGAGUUCAGAAGUACAAAAAUUGGCAAGUGCUUUAUUAAACCAAAAGUGUCCUCUCACAUGGCAGAGCAAGUGGGAAGGCCCAGAAGAUCCCUUACAAUACCUGAGAGGUCUUGUUGCCCGUGCCCUUGCAAUACAGAACUGGGUAGAUAAAGCUGAAAAACAGGCUCUUCUCUCUGAAACGCUCGACCUAUCAGAACUUUUCCAUCCAGACACAUUUCUUAAUGCUCUUCGCCAGGAAACUGCAAGGGCAGUGGGUCGUUCUGUGGAUAGCCUUAAAUUUGUAGCCUCAUGGAAAGGUCGACUGCAAGAAGCAAAGCUACAAAUUAAGAUGAUACAUGAAGGAAUAACUUUCAGCACAAAAUAACAAGAACUUCUGGAGGAAAAACAGGGUAAGAUAAUACAGUUAUUAGUUGAAAGUAAUGUCAGAAAUGAAAAAUGUAGUCUUUAAAUGAAAAAAUUGAUAGACAAACUAUACAUUAGAUAUGAUUGAAGAAGACAUGAUAAAUUGGUUAUGUUAUGAGACAAAGACAAUACUUUCAGAUACUCCAUCCUAUUUCUAAAAGGAUUUCUAGAAGUAUAAAACAGAGAGAAUAACAGGGAAGUGAAAUUUGAAAAACUAAUUCAGGAAUUUUCCAGAAUUGGAGAAUGAUGAGUUCUUGGAGGAAAAGCAUCUGCAAAGUACCAAAAAUAAUAAACAAAAGUAAAUUCGGGUUCACACCUAAUCACACUAUAGCAAAGCUAGUCAAUAUCCAGAUUAAAGAGGAAAAUCUUCAAAGUUAGCAGAUAAAACAUCAGAUUUUCUAUGAAAAUAAUCACCAUGUUGACAGCGGACUUCUCAUUCACAACACUAGAUGUCAGAAGACAGUAAAAUAAUAUAUUCAAAUUGAUGAGGAAAAAUAAUUGUUAAACCAAACUUUAUUCAAUAAUGAAAGCAAUAAAGAGAGACUUUAGGAACCCAAAGACCACAAGAAUUCACCACUCACAUACAGCCUCAAUAAAAGCAAUAUUGAAACAUGUACUUCUGCAAGAAGUAAAGCCAGAGAGAAAGUAAUGAACACCUAAAACAAUAGUGAACCCCAAAUUAACAAAAUAAUUUUAGUGUGUAAUUUAACUUAAAUUUAAGUAACUUAAAUAUUGACUGUAAAAUAUGUUAUACUUAAGCUGAAAAUCUAAACAGCAAUAAUUCAAUUAGAUAUAAUGUGUUAAAAUUCAUACUAUGUUCAGUACUGAAUACUUUAAGAAUUUAUUAAAAAGUUUUACACUUAAUUAUGCAUUUAAAAGUAGAUGGUAAAACACUAAAAUAGAUAUACAAUCCAUUCUGGAUUUCCAUUCUGGAUUACAAUCCAUUCUGGAUUUCAAUCCAGAGAAGGAGAAAAAGUAAGCAAAAAAAGGUAAAGAGAAAAAAAUAUAAAAUAGGAAUAAUACCAAAUAUAUGACUAUUGUAAACAUAUUAAUCCUACCAAUUAAGAAAGAGAGAUUAUCAGACUGGGGAAAAAAUAAAAUCCAGUUAAAUGUUACUUAAGGAUAUACAUUUAAGUCAUGAUCACGCAGAUAAUUUGAGAAGUGGAAAAAUACAUGAAAGAAGAACUUAAUGGUGAAAAUGUCCUGUUUACAUAUCACAAGAGUAAAUACUUUAAAAAUGUCAGAUUUUCCAAAAUCAAAUUUUAAAAUUUAAUGCAAUUUCAACCAAUAUCCCAAAGUGUGUUUUGUUAAUCUGUGGCACAUGAGUUUGAAUUAGCAUUUGCUCAAACUAGCUCAAAACUUAACGUAGUGGCUUAGAAUACCAAUUUAUUAUUUUCUCACAGUUCUGUUGGUUGCCUAGGAGAUCCUUUGCUGAUUUACUCCGACCCACUCUGCAUCUGCAUUCGGCUAGAUCAGUAAGAAGGGAAGGUCCAUGCUGGCCUCAUUCAUAUAUAUGGCAACUGGUGCUAGCUCAGUCCUUCACAUGCCCUCUCAUACUGAGGUACCUCAGUCCUUCACAUGCCCUUUCAUACUCUAGUAGACUAGGAGAGCUUCCUUAUCUGGUGGUUUCAGUGCAGCAUUUCUAGAAGGCAGAGCCUUUCAAAGCCUAGCUUCAGAAGUUGCUUAAAGUCCUUCUACCACAUUCUGUUGGUCAAAGCAAUUUAAAAGGCCAGCCCAAGUUCAAGGGGUAGAAAAGAAACUCCACGUCCUGAUGGAAGCAGCAGCCAAGCUUACUUGGCAAAGGGGUGCAUAUUAGGAGGAGAGGAAUGUUUGGCCAUAUUUUGCACUGUGUCACACUAUUAUUAUUGUUAUCAUUAUUAAGCGAUGGCAAUUGAGACAGUAUGGUGCUGGUUUAGGGAAAGACAGACUAAUGUAACACAAAAGAAAGUCCAGAAACAAACUUAUGCCAGUAUGGAAACUUGACACAUGACAAAAGUGGGGUUGGUUACAAAUUAGGGGCUUGGAAAGACUAUUUGAUAAGUAAUUCUGAAACAAUUGCUCACUCAUUUAGAAAAUGAUAAAAUUUGAUCCAUACUUUAUAUUGCAAAUAAAAAUUGACUCUGAAGGUUUAAAAAGUUACAGAAAUAAAACUGUUUGAAAGAGAAGACUUUUAGCAACAAAAUACAGGAAAAUAUCUGCUCAGGAUUUCUUUAGACACAAAAGAAGUAAAAGUCUUAAAGGAAAAAGCUGAUAAAUUUGCUACCCUGAAAUUAAAGAUACCAUAGAAAGCGAAAACACAGGCCACAGACUAGGAAAAGAUAUUAGUAUCUUGUGUAACUGACAAAGGAUUAGUACUUAAAACAGAUAAAGUAUGUUUAUAGAUCAAUCUUUUAAAGAAAAUGUCCAUAGUAAGGAGAAGGUGGAGGUGGGCGAAAGAUUUUAAUAGGCAACUUACAUGAAGAGGAAACCUGAAUGGCUAAUAAACAUAAGGAAAAAUACUUGUUCUUACUAGUAACUAAGAAAUGAAGUUAAGACCAAAAUUUGAUUCCAUUUCACGCUCAUCAGAUUGGCAGAAUUUUUAAGUCUCAACAGACCAAGUAUUGGCAAGAUUGUAGCAUAAUGUAAAUUCUUAUAUGUGACAAGUAAGAGUAUAGAUUGACAGAGUUACUUUGGGGAAUAAUUUGCCAAUAUUAGGUAAAAUUGAGAUUGACCACACUCUUCAACCUAGUAAUUUAAUCUAUCUAGAGAAAUUCAUGCAAAUGUGUAUAAGAAAGUACACAGCAUGGUUAUUGCAGUGUUUUUUUAAUAAUGGUAAACAGUUGGAAAUAUUCACCAGCAGAAAAAUGGAUAAAUUGUUGUAUAUUAACAAAAUGAAAUGUUGUGCAGCUGUUGGAAAUGAAAGAACAAAAUGGAUGCACCUUAAAACCAAUAAUGAAGGAAAAGAGUAGGUUGCAUGUUACCCUUUACAUAGAGAUUGGAAACAUGAAAAACAAUACUAUUUAUUGUUUAUAAAUACAGACAAAACUAAAUUCAGGCCAGAAUAUUUUUGAAACUCUUCAAGUGACCUGUAUAUCACAUCAGUGGUAUAGUAGAAAGAGUAUUUAAGUAUUAAAUAAUUAUAUUAUCACCCCAGCUCUUUUACUAGCAACAAAGUUACUUAUCUUUUCCUUCCACCAGCAACCUUACUGUAAAAUUCAAGUAAUGAAAUCAUUCAAAACUAUUCAUUAAGGGAUUCUCUCCUAGCACCUAAACCAUUCCCUGACUGUAUGUUGCUGAAAAUUAUCUUAACUCUUUCAAUUUAGUGUUCCCUUCAUUCUAAAUUCUAUAGUUCUUUCAUUUAGUAUGUUAAAAUUUGAAGGCACUAUUUUUUUUUUUUUUUUUUUUUCUGUGGCAGAGUCUUGCUCUGUCACCCAGGCUGGAGUGCAGUGGCACGAUCUCGGCUCACUGCAAGCUCCGCCUCCCGGAUUCAUGCCAUUCUCCUGCCUCAGCCUCCAGAGUAGCUGGGACUACAGGUGCCCGCCACCAUGCCCAGUUAAAUUUUUGUAUUUUUAGUACAGACGGGGUUUCACCAUGUUAGCCAGGAUGGUCUCGAUCUCCUGACCUUGUGAUCUGACUGCCUCAGCCUCCCAAAGUGCUGGGAUUACAGGCGUGAGCCACCGUGCCCGGCCGACACUGUAUGUUUUAAGUUUGUUUAUAUUUUGUACCAAGUUCAAAUUAUGAUAAUAUAGAUGUGGCUCUUAAGGCAAAGUGCCAGAAGAGCUAUAAAUGCCAAAUACUGACUCUACGUUUGUUACCUUUAGAUAGUCAGGCUAGAUUAAUGGCAGAAACUAAAAGAAUGAAGAGUUUCAAAGAAGAAAUAUGAAGCUAAUAAUACCAAAAGAACCGUGUUUUCAUUUUCAAGAUUUCUUAUAUUUACACCAAGGUUAC